CGGCGCGAGCGCUGCUGCCCGUGCUAGGCGUCGUUGGCGGGGGAAGCAGCCGGAUCCGCCGCAGGAGGAGGAGCAGCAGCAUGGACGGUGCUCUUGCGGCGACCUCUGCCGAUUCCCCGGGUCCGCUGCGGAGGGGCAUGCUGAGUAAUCCUGCCGUCAAUGGGCGAGGACACGGAGACGCCGCAGAUUAACCAUGGCUUCCUUCGCGACCACAACUAUGUGACCGAAGCUGACAUUAUUUCAACUGUUGAAUUCAACCACACAGGGGAGUUGCUGGCAACAGGGGACAAAGGAGGCCGAGUGGUCAUCUUUCAAAGGGAACCAGAGAGUAAAAAUGAUCCAUACGGCCAGGGUGAGUACAAUGUUUACAGCACCUUCCAGAGCCACGAACCGGAGUUUGACUAUCUGAAGAGUUUGGAAAUAGAGGAAAAAAUAAACAAGAUAAAGUGGCUGCCUCAGCAGAAUGCAGGCCAUUCUCUCCUGUCAACAAAUGAUAAAACUAUUAAACUCUGGAAGGUUACUGAACGAGAUAAGAAACCCGAGGGAUACAAUUUAAAAGAUGAAGAGGGAAAGCUAAAAGAUCUUUCUACUGUGACCUCACUUCAGGUACCUGUACUGAAGCCUACGGACUUGAUGGUAGAAGUCAGCCCUAGACGCAUUUUCGCCAAUGGCCACACCUAUCAUGUCAACUCCAUUUCCGUCAACAGUGAUUGUGAAACAUAUAUGUCAGCUGAUGAUUUGAGGAUUAACCUCUGGCAUUUAGCAAUUACAGAUCGAAGUUUUAACAUUGUAGAUAUAAAGCCAGCUAACAUGGAAGACUUGACGGAAGUUAUAACGGCAUCUGAAUUCCAUCCACACCACUGCAAUCUCUUUGUCUACAGCAGCAGCAAAGGCUCUUUGAGACUUUGUGACAUGAGGGCAUCUGCGCUCUGUGACAAACAUUUCAAACUUUUUGAAGAACCAGAAGACCCCGGUAGCCGCUCCUUUUUCUCUGAAAUCAUUUCUUCUGUGUCGGAUGUCAAAUUCAGCCACAGCGGACGAUAUAUGUUAGCAAGGGAUUAUCUCACUGUCAAGGUUUGGGAUCUGAACAUGGAAACAAAGCCUAUAGAAAUAUAUCAGAUCCACGACUAUUUGAGAAGCAAGUUGUGUUCCCUUUAUGAAAAUGACUGCAUCUUUGACAAGUUUGAAUGUGCGUGGAAUGGCUCGGACAGUGUCAUUAUGACAGGGGCCUAUAACAACUUCUUUAGAAUGUUUGAUCGGAAUACCAAGCGCGACGUGACUUUAGAGGCCUCCCGAGAGAGUAGCAAACCCCGGGCAAUCCUGAAACCUCGCCGAGUGUGUGUCGGAGGCAAGAGGAGAAAAGACGACAUCAGCGUUGACAGUCUGGACUUUACUAAGAAGAUCCUGCAUACAGCAUGGCACCCAACAGAGAACAUUAUUGCGAUAGCUGCCACAAACAAUCUGUAUAUUUUUCAAGACAAAAUGAACUCUGGAAUGCACUAGGAUUGAUUCCUACUGUUCUUCUCCACAAACAUUUGGAAAGGUGGGAUAGGUGCGACCAUUGCUUGAGCUGAGGUGCUAAGAAUUUAACCUUUCUUGGAAGUAAACGCCACUGGAUUCAGUGGCGCCUACUUCUCAACGGAGGUCUGUAAAAUCAAGGUAUGACAGAGAUGGAGAUGCCCUUUUAAGUAAUGCACUACUCAUGCCUUCGGGGAACCACCCAGAUAUUUCAAAUCACUGCAACAGUCGCAAAUGUUUCAAAAAUAAAUUCUCUGUUAAGAAGAGUUUACCUCUGACCUAUGCAUCAGUAAUUUUAUGUUAGCUUGUUUUGUAAAGAGUGAUCAUGCUCACAGUGGAAAUGUGGAGGAGUCAAAAGUCAAGUUCAGAUAUCAGAUUGACAGGCUGCACUUUGCUGUCUUAUGGGGGAAAGGGUCAGGAAUUCAUGUUGCUACUGUAAUUUCUUUGCUCCUUAGUGUUGCUUCAAGAAGAAUCAUCAUGGGUGGUGGCCUAAAGAAAAGACUAGCAAGAAUAGCCAGAUGAUGCCUCUCAUCGAGUCCAUUUUCACUGAUUGUAUAAUUAGUGGCAAGUGUGGUCUUCACCAUAACUCGCCGAGCAUGGGUGAGAUUGGUUCAGUACAUAGUCUGAGAGAAUAGAAGGAAUUAGAUGUUUUGGGGAAAGAUGGAUAUGGCUCCGUAGUAAGUCCAUCAAGUCUACAAGUAAUGGUAUGUUUGAUUUCCCUUGGGAGAGCAAGCAAUUCUUGAAGCACAGAAUGCCACAAAUGCCUUAUAUCACAAUUAACAACCUAGGGCACAAGGAGAAAGCUCUUGCUGUAGACCGGAACAGCUAACUGUACAUAUGCAAGAAGAAAGGGGAGUUAUCAAAGAUGAAUGGAAAGAACUCCAGACUCAGUGGAGGCCCAGCAAUAGUUAUAGCAGUCUAAGUCAAAGGUUCCUACCCUAGCUUAAAUACACCAGGCCAAAGGGAAGCACCAUAAAGAGAGUCAGAGAGUAUGAAAAACUAAUGGCAACCCAUCAUUUGUUCAGCCUUUCUGAAGCUAUAUCCUGCAGUCCUUCCUACAUCAGUACAUGUUUUGAGAAGCAGUGGCCAUUUUCCUGCCAGUGUCGUCUUAGAGAGGGCGAAAGGGAGAAACAUACCAAGAGGAAGUUGCGUCAAGUUAACUCUUGUCAUGACCACCUUCCACCUGGAAAUGUAUGUCCUCAUUGUCGAAGACCAGGCAUAUCCAGAAUAGUCUCCACAGUCAUCAACCCACCACCAAGACUCUUCCCUUAGAAGACAACAAUAUUCGGCCAUUAGGGAUUGUCUGCGAUGAUGAUGAACGACUAUUACUCAUUUUAUGAGUUCAUAAUAUAGACAUUAAUUAACACACAGCCUUGAUCUAAACUGCUUAAUUUUGUUCCAUAAAAGGAAAAUAUAAGGGGACAGACCUUGGAAUCUGCAUAAUUGACUGAAUGUAGCAGACUGCAUCACCUAGCCAUCAAAACUGCCACAGUACAAGUAAUUUAAGUAUUUUGGGAUAUUAAACCACUCCUCUGUAUAGUAUGGUUACUGCAUCAUGCAAUUUGAAAACAACAGCAUGUGUGAAGAUUGCGCAUUUCUCAAAACAGUUUGCUUAUUUAUUUAUUUAUUUAUUUAUUUAUUUAACAGGGACUCAAACACUAACAUGGGCUAUGUUACCCUUGAAAUGAGCAUAGGAAGUGAAACAUGGGAGGCUGGAGUAAUGUGUAUGUCAAUGAUCUCCAAAUUUAUUUCUUGCCCUUGGCCAUAAGACCAUGGUUGGUUGAAUUGGAUUUUCGUGGACUCUGUUUGCAUGUAGCUCCUAUCCACUCCCUUUUAGUCCAGACUUUAAAGGAGUGGCUGAGGAAUUGGAUUUGUUUCAGGGAUAAGGUUCAGCAACUUGGAAAGCAGCUUUAAAAUUUGGACUAAAGCCUGCUGCUGAGUUACCACCACUCUUGAGUUGCCACCACAUGCUUCUUCAUUGGCUUCUCAGCCAUUAAUUUUGGAUUACUUUCAACUGAUCUUUCAGGGAAAAGAAAAGUUGUAGAAUCCUAGAAUUAUAGAAUUUGAAGAGAUCACAAGGGCCAUCCAGUCCAACCCCUGCCAUGCAGAAAAAGCACAAUCAAAGCAUUCCCAACAGAUGGCCUUCAGCUGCUGCUUUAAAACCUCCCAAGUAGGAGCCUCCACCACACUCUGUGGCAGCAUGUUCCACUGAUAAACAGCUCUUAACACCAGGAAGUUCUUCUUAUGGUUUAGGGAUAAUCUCUUUUCCUGCCAUUUGAAUUCAUUGCUCCACAUCCUAGUCUCUAGAGCUGAAAACAAGCUUGCCUUCUCCUCAAUUUGACAUACUUUCAAAUAUUUUAAGAUGGGUAUCAUAUCCCUUCUCAGCCUUCUUUUCUCCAAGUUAAACAUACCCAGGUCCCGAAGUAAUUCCUUGUGGAGCUUGGCUUCCAGACCUUUGGCCACUCUUCUCUUGUGGAGCUUGGCUUCCAGACCUUUGGCCACCCUUCUUUGGACACCCUCCAGCUUGCCAAUAUCCUUGAAUUGUUUUGAACUGGAAAGAGUGUUCCAAGCAGAACUAGAGUGAGUAUUACUUCCCUCAAUCUAGGCAUUAUUCUCUUAUUGAUGACACCUAGAAUCACAUUGGAUUUUUAAGCUGCUGCAUCACACUUUUGACACACAUUCAGCAUGUCUACUCAGACUUCUAGUGUCCUUUCACAUGUAGUCACCCAUUCUAUAUCUGUGCAUUUCAUUUGUAUUGUCUAAACGAAGUACCAUACAUUUCUCCCUAUUGAAACAAAUUUUGACCCAGUUCUCUAAUCUGUUAAGGUUAUUUUGGAUUCUGAUCCUGUCCUCUGGGGUAUAGCUAUCCUUCCCAAUUUGGUGUCAUCUGCACAUUCGAUAAGGAUGUCUCAUAUUCUAUCAUCCAAGUGAAAUAUGUUGAAUAGCACAGGGUCCAGAAACCUGUGGCAUCCCAUUGGUCACUUCUCCAUUGGUAAGCACCUUUUGUGUUCAGCCAGUGAAACAAUUCCCAAUCCACCAGACAGUAGCAAUGUCUGGUCCACAUUUCACUAACUUCUUUGUGGGAAUCUCGAGGAGGAUGUUGUCAAAGGCGUUACUGAAAUCAAGAUAUUUUACAUCCACAGCAUUCCCUUCAUCUACCAAGCUUGUAACUUUAUCAAAAAAGAAGAGAGAGAGAGAAAAUUCAUUUGCCAUGGACUUGGUUUUGAGAAACCCGUGUUGACUUUUUGUGAGUUUGGCAUUCCUCAUAAAGAAAUGCAUAGGCUUGAUUUGGAGUUGAGAAAUAGGAAGGAAAGUCUAAUACUAUUCCAAGGUAGGGUGACAUAGGAAGCUGUGCCACCAUAUGAAAUUAAUGACACCUGCCCCAUCCUUUUCUUAACUGACAAUGGAUAUUUUUGCGUAGAAGCAUAACGCAUGUGCAUCACUUCCAAUAAUCUACAUCAAAGUAGAAAAUGCAUAUAAUAAUUUUAAGUGGAAAGAAAGAAUGUUUCCAGUUAUGGUAUGCCCUUCAAGGUGGGUAGUAUUUAUGUAUAUUGUAUUCUAAUGCAAUCUGUUCUUCUUGUACAAAAAUCUUAUGAAUGCAAAAUACCGUGUAGCCAAAUUACAUUUUAAAUUUUAAUUCAUUAAUCAAAGCAGUUCAAAAAUGCUGAAGGCAUUCAAGUAUUUGCAGCUGCAAAGACAGAUCUGUGCUGAGGGAUUCGUGGUAACUUCAGACAGUAACACUGAUUUUAUUUUGAAAAUGACUUCCAUCUCUCAUCAGUUAUAUUUAACUCUUGAAUAUGGAACUGGUUUAUAUGGAGACUUUGAAAAAAAUUACAGAGAGACAGAGAGUUCCUCUGCAAAGUGUGCAAGCCCCAGACAUUUAGGAAAUAAAUGUUUGCAUAAAUACAGAAUGGGCCUCAUUCAGAUAAAGCUACAGUUAAAAAAAAAAGGAGGAACUAAAAUGGGAGAGUGAUAUAUUUAGGCCUCUGGUACCACCAUUACAAUCCCAUUUCCUGGUUCUGUGAAUGUAAAAAAAAGAAAUGUAUUUCUCAUGAAUCCAAGAAAGCAAUUUAUUUCCCCCUUUUGGUUCUGGGCUUUCAGUGGUAGAGAAUGGUAAACUUGAUAAAUAUGUUUAUUUAGAAGGCUUCGUGGCUGUAUUUUUGUGCUAAAAAUUAUGCUGACAAUUGCUUGAACAUAUUUAUAAAUAUGUUGAUACCGGCUUUUUAAAUAAAACUUUCUUUUUAAAAAA